CUGAAAUUUACAGGUGGUUCAUUAUCAGGUCGGAAGUUGUCACAGACAGAAAAUAUAUACGGGAACUAUAAUCAUCGUGAUGCAAAUCUGCAGCUUCACAAGCUUUCCGAUGAUGGAAUCCGAACGCCGCAGAUGAAAACAUCACGAUAUGCAGAAUCAGGAUAUCUGUCUGCUGCAUCCAAGUUGUCCCCAAGUUGUUCUGCUGAACCAAAUGGAUCCCACUUCCACUGAUG